AUGCUCACGAAGCUUGCCCUCCAGCAUUUUGUGGAUGACCAGUGGGCGAUGUUUCCGCCGGUAAUCACGGAGUUUGCGCGGGUUACCAUGCAGAACUUCACCGAGCUGUCUUCCUGGUUUACAUCCGAACAGAACUACCUUAAGACAAAUUAUCAAACGAUUCGAGACGCUCAGCAGAUAGUGCAGAACACAGACCGCUUUCUGAGCUCGGGAAGGGAGGAUCUAGCCUCGUUCAAGGAGCAGAUUGAUCGCCGAGUGAAGACCUUAGAAACAGACAUGGAGUUUAAGCUGGCUUCUCUGCAGGAGCGACAGCGUCAGAUAGAGGAGCAAAUGAAACAGAUUAAGGCAGGAGUCGAGCAGCAGAUAGAGCUCAUGAACAACUCCAUCCUUGAAAGCAUUGGGCCCAAGUUUGCUGAGAUUCAACGGCAGAUUGACAGUGCUUGUGUCGGAGACAUUUCAGGUGCAGCAGCCGAUAGGAUCGCAUCCCUAGAAAAGCGCUAUGCAGACCUUCUCGCCGACUUGUUCACUCGUUCUGACGGAUUCGCCACCCAAUUCGACACGCUUUACAAAGAGUACGUUCAGUCCACCGCAGCGUUCUCUGAACUGACAGAGGCGUUCAAGCUGGAUCUCACCUCUCAGACAAGCAUCAUACGAAAGUGUGAGGCAGACUUUCUAGAGGUAUCUCAGAAAAUGGACGCCGAAAGGGCACGCAUUCCCGCUCUUGCUAGUCAGAUAGAAGCACUAACUGAGAGAGUGGUUGCUGCGGAGGACAAAUAUCCCGUCUUGGAGGCAUUGGAGCUCGGCAUGAAGACACUCGAGACUAUCAUGAUCCAGCAGGACAGCGAAGACAAGAGCCUAGGAAAUAGCUAUAAGCAGCUCUGCGUGAAGUACGACAGCAUGAAGCUCUUUCUAGAAACCGAAGCCCGCUCUUUGCGUGAUGAGAUGGGAGAUUGCGAGGAGGCAACCUUGCAUUCCUGCGAGGAGAUGCGGGCAGCAGUGGCCCAGCUUGCAGAUUCAGUGCAGGACCUUGAGGAGGAUCUGCUAUUCCAAAUCAAUAACUGCAAGAGCCUUCUCGUUGGCACCAAUGUUUACAAGGAGUACGAAGUGUUUCGCCAAAAGUCAUACGAUGAGCUCGUUGUGGACAGUCAGAGGAAUGCAACUUUUGCGUUCUUGAGUCCUUUGGAGAUGCGACUGCACAGGGUAGAGAAUCUGCUCAUUGACCACAUGGCUCAGCCAGGACACGGCAGAGAAAAACCACCACAAAGAGCAUGA